UCCGAAGGACAGGGAAUGGGGGGCGGCUUCCGCCAGAGCACCGCCGGGCAGAGGCGCCGGGAGCAGGCGGACAGUGAGUCCCCGCAGACACAGUGGGAAGGAGACGGGCGCCAUGCCUCCCGGGCUGGGCAGCGUUCCCCACGCCGGUGGCCGGAGUCGCAAGGCGCCAUGAGGAAGCUCGGAGGCCGAGCUCUGCGCGCCGCCCGCCCGGCCGCGGCUCUCGGGCUAAUCAUUAACCUCGGCGGCUCCGGCAUCGCACCUCCCGCGCCGCACGGGGACCGCCGGGCGGGUACCGCCUGCCGCCCGCUGUGCCCUGUCCCCUCCGCACUGUCAGGGCACCGCGGUGGGCGCCGGCGGCAGCAGCGCCAUGGAGAGCCAGGCGAACGGGACCCUCCACCCGUCCUGCAGCGCCAGGGAGCCGCCCUACUCGCAGGAGCUGCUCCAAAGCCUCAACCUACCAGGGAGAUUUCUCUUUGCAAUCUUGACCCUGAUGAUGCUAAUUGCUAAUCUGGUGUUUAUGGAGGAAGCUGUCUACAUCUAUAGGAAAAUCCCCUCCUCCAAAAGAUCAAUCAUAAUUUGGAUUAAUGCUGCAGCUCCAGUGAUGGCUACUACUUCCUGCAUUGGCAUGUGGAUUCCUCGCUCAACAAUGUUUACAGAUUUCACAGCAGCAGUAUUUUUUGCUAUAGUUAUCCACAAGUUCCUGAUGAUGAUGAUUAAAGAGUGUGGAGGUCAAAAGCUUCUCCUCAGGAGGUUUGAAAAUGGUCACUUCACGAUCAGCACCGGUCCCUGCUGCUGCUGCUGUCUUUGCCUCCCUCGUGUGCGCAUCACUAGGCGAGCUCUCUUUUGGCUGAAGCUGGGCACCUUUCAGUUUGCUUGCUUUCGACCCAUCCUCAUCUUUUUAUCAAUAGUGCUCUGGACUAAUGGCAACUACACUCUUUAUAAUUUAUCUCCCAAAGGAGCUGCAAUAUGGAUUAACUGUGUUGUUGGUGUCCUCACCAUUAUUGGUCUGUGGCCAGUCGGAAUCAUGUUUCGACAAGUUAGAAAGGUCCUUAACUGUAAAAAGAUCAUCCCAAAGUUUGCUCUUUAUCAGUUCAUUGUCAUUCUGAACAAUGUGCAAACAACUGUUAUCAGGAUGUUGGCCACGCAAAGGAUCAUUGCCUGUGUUCCACCACUCUCCUCUUCAGCUAGAGGAGCAUAUGUGGCCCAGCAGCUCCUCAUCAUGGAAAUGUUUCUGAUCACACUAAUCUCAAGGGUGGUCUAUCGGAGAAGAUAUGAUGACCUAGAGCCUCCUGAGUGUACAGCUGAAGAAGCUGGGGACAAAAAGCAGAUUCCUGAGACUAUGCUGAAUGGCACAGUUAGUGGAGAUACAUUGCCAAGGGUUUAGAAGCCUGUUCUGCAGGAGCCAGAAGCUCAGCUUCAGGAGCUUGUAUAUUUUUGCACUACAAACAGCUACUGUUCAUGUCAGAACAGCUUCUGACAUAAAUGCCUGUCAGCUGUAGCUCUGAAAGGACCACUAGUGGAAAGAUAACCCUGUUUUUCUUCAGUGAUGUAUACAUGGUGUGAGUGUUUCCUUACUAUGUAAUUUAGUAAGAUUUCAUACCAUGUAUUUUUAUGCUGUUACUGAGCACUUGGUGGUAGCCAAAAUAUCUCACAAUGUGAUUUAUUUUUUUAGCUGCUAGAAUGGCUACAAUUUGGAGUUAAACCAGAGGCAUUCUUGCUCUUCUCUUUGACUGUUUAAAACCUUCACCCUGGAUUCUUGUCACAUAUCCAGCACAUAAUUUUCUCAUCCUUUCUCCAUUAAAAUGUAUCAGCUCUUACUCUAUGCCAUGAGCUCACCGUAGCUAAUUCUGAUCAGUAAAUACAUUUGCAUUUGUUUGUUGUGAGAUCUCCAGACCUCUGAAUGCUCUCCACCUACAGAAACGAUGACCUCUUUAGGGCAAGACUGUUUUUCAUUCCUUGGCAAUUCACCUCCUCACUUGGUAAAUCCACAGCUGCUAUCUGUAAACAUGCCACUGGCAGAUGUGCUCCCUACAGAUGGCAGAUUCUCUGUCACUGGCCUGGAAAAAAGAAAG